GCACUUCCUUAAUUGCUCCUGCAGAGUCCGACCUGCUACGUUCUUUCCGAGUCGCCAGCUCCGAACAGCCAGGCCAGAAUGACGUGGAAAUCCUCUUCCCUUGCUACCUGUGCGAUCCACGCGAACUCGAACUGAGCGCUGGGUUUUCGGCCCUAGUUUCCUCCGGAAACCGGAAAACUCUCCUCACCCGGUUUCCCGGCUGCGGGCCUGGGAGAGGCAGCAGCGCAGCGGCGGGAACCGCAGCCCGGCGUCCCUGGAACCUCCCAGGUGUCACACUCCUCAGGUCGUUCAGCUCCCCGUCAAUCUUGAGAGCCCUGGAUGGUGAAGAGAGGAAACUGUAGCACAGGAUCCAGGCAUUCUAGGACAGUGGGGUUCUUGGAGAAGACACUGUUGGGACAUUGAUCUUUACUAGGUUCUAAAGGAUCCAUUGUUCUCCUAUGGCCACUGGAGGCACAGCACAUAAGAAAUACAUAGACCUACCAGCAGAAACUCAGAGAAGAACAACAAGAAGAAUGAAUGCUUCUCCGGUAAAUGUUCUCCAGGGUCUGUUAACAUUCAAGGAUGUAGCUGUGGACUUCUCACAGGAGGAAUGGGAAUGUCUUGACCAUGCUCAGAGGGCAUUGUUUAUGGAUGUGAUGUUGGAGAAUUACAACAAUCUACUUUUUGUGGAGACUCAUUGCAUAUGUCAUAAAUAUGAGAACUUUUGGGAUCAAGAAACACAGCAUAUUGUCCGUGAGGAUGUACAUAUCCAACUGAAGUCUUAUAAAUGUCAUGAACUUGCCAGAAUUAUUCAUGAGUCCAGCCAAACUACACCUUAUAAAACUAACUUCCAGGAUACAUCUAUUGAAUCAUCAAACUUCAACAGACAUGAAACUGGAAACACCAGAGAACCUUGCAAAUAUAAAAAUUGUGCAAACUGUUUAAAUUUGUGUUCUAGCAUUAGUCUAAAUGAAGGAAUCCACAUAAGAAAGGAAGUUGAUGAGGUAUUUUACUUUAAACAAAACCUUAUGCUGAAACAAAACAAAAGCAGGAAGAAACAUUACAAAUGUAGUGAAUAUGACAAAUGCUUCAUCCAGAAAGGUGAUCUUAGAAGUCAUCAGAGAAUGCAUAUAGAAGAAAAGCCCUACAAAUGUAGUAAAUGCAACAAAUACUUUACUCUCAAAAGUGAUCUUAGAAUUCAUAAGAAAAUUCAUACAGGAGACAAACCUUACAAAUGUUUUGAGUGUGACAAAUGCUUUACCAACAAAUAUCGUUUUAGAACUCAUCAGAGAAUACAUUCAGGAGAGAAACCUUACAAAUGUUGUUCGUGUGACAAAUCUUUUACCCAGAAAGGCAAUCUUAGAAGUCAUCAGAGAAUGCAUACAGGAGAGAAACCUUACAAAUGUAGUGAAUGUGACAAAUGUUUUACCCACAAAUGCAGUCUUAGUAUUCAUCAGAUAAUUCAUACAGGGGAGAAACCUUACAAAUGUAGUGAGUGUGACAAAUGCUUUUCUAACAAAAGUGAUCUUAAAAGUCAUCAGAGAGUUCAUACAGGAGAGAAACCUUACAAAUGUAGUGAAUGUGGCAAAUGCUUUACCCGAAAACGCAGUCUUAGUAGUCAUCAGAUAAUUCAUACAGGAGAGAAACCUUACAAAUGUAGUGAGUGUGACAGAUGCUUUCCUAAUGAAAGUGGUCUUAAAAGUCACCAGAGAGUUCAUACAGGAGAGAAACCUUACAAAUGUAGUGAAUGUGACAAAUGCUUUACCCACAGAUACAGUCUUAGUAUUCAUCAGAGACUACAUUCAGGAGAGAAACUUUACAAAUGUAGUGAAUGUGAAAAAUGCUUUACCAAAAAAUACAGUUUUCUUAUUCAUCAGAGAAUUCAUACAGGAGAGAGACCUUACAAGUGUGCUGAAUGUGACAAAUGCUUUACCCAAAAAUACAGUCUUAGUAUUCAUCAGAUAGUUCAUACAGGAGAGAAACUUUACAAAUGUAGUGAGUGUGACAAAUGCUUUUCUAACAAAAGUGAUCUUAAAAGUCAUCAGAGAGUUCAUACAGGAGAGAAACCUUACAAAUGUAGUGAGUGUGACAAAUGCUUUACUCAAAAAUGCAAUCUUAGUAUUCAUCAGUUAAUUCAUACAGGAGAGAAACCUUACAAAUGUAGUGAGUGUGACAAAUGCUUUUCUAACAAAAGUGAUCUUAAAAGUCAUCAGAGAGUUCAUACAGGAGAGAAACCUUACAAAUGUAGUGAAUGUGACAAAUGCUUUACCCACAGAAACAGUCUUAGUAUUCAUCAGAGACUACAUUCAGGAGAGAAACCUUACAAAUGUAGUGAAUGUGAAAAAUGCUUUACCCAAAAAUGCAGUCUUCUUACUCAUCAGAGAAUUCAUACAGGAGAGAGACCUUACAAAUGUGCUGAAUGCGAAAAAUGCUUUGCCAAGAAAAGUGAUCUUAGAUGUCAUAAGAGAAUUCAUACAGGAGAGGAACCUUACAAAUGUAGUGAAUGUGACAAAUCCUUUACCCACAAAUGCUAUCUUAAUAUUCAUCAGAGAAGUCAUACAGGAGAAAGACCUUACAAGUGUAGUGAAUGUGACAAAUGCUUUGCCAACAAAGGCUACCUUGUAAGUCAUCGGAGGAAUCAUACAGGAGAGAAACCUUACAAAUGUGAUGAAUGUGACAAAUGUUUUACUCACAAAUGCAGUCUUAGUAUUCAUCAGAGAUCUCACACAGAAGAGAAACCUUACAUAUGUAGUGAAUGUGGUAAAUUCUUUAGCCACAAGUAUAGUCUCCGCACACAUCAGAGAAUGCAUACAGUAAAGAAAGUUUACAAAUGAGGUGAAUGAGACACAAAUGCAGUCUUAGUAUUCAUCAGGGAAUUCAUGCAGGAGCAAAACCUUUAAAAUGUAGUUAAUAAGAUAAAUUCUUUAGCCAGAAACAAUCUUAUCAAAGAAUGCACACAGUAGAGAAACUUUACAAAUGAAGUGAAUGAGAAAAAUUAUUUACCAAGGAAGAUCAUCUUAGAGCUCAUCAGAGACUACAUAUUGGAGAGACAACUUACAACUGUAGUAAAUAUACAAAUCUUUUAUUGUCUUAGAAUACAUCAAAGAAUACAUACAGGGGAAAAAUCUCAGAAAUGUAAUUGAUGUGGACAUGUCUUUACUGAAAUCUCAGGUCUAAGAAAGUAUCUGGAAAUUUAUAAUGCAGAAAAUGUUUACACUGGAAAAAACUGUGGCAUGUACCCUAUCCAAGCAGUAUUCUUUGCAACACUUGAGACUUCACACUAGAGAAUUAUCAACAUGAAAAAAAUUGUGAACCCCUUCAGGUAAUGUUCAAAUAUUAAAAUCUGUCCAGCAUUUGUAAUGAGAGAAAUUCUGAAAAUGUGACAGUGAAGGAUCUAUUUCAUUAAAAAUGUUUACCAGUUCUCCCGUAAAUAUUCCAUAAUGAAGACCAAGUGUGAAAGCCAGAAGAAUAUGGUAUUGUGUAACAGGUUCCUGGAGACUGAAAUAAUCCAUUAAAAAGGGAAACUGAUUAAAGCAGGUAAUACACCUCUCAAAAUAGGUAAUGAAACUGAUAAUAGUCUGUAUGCUUAACUCAAAUGGAGAAACUCAGACAAAUUAUACUUCUUAAAAUAGAGGGUUUAACAAACUGAGUUACGAAGAUAGGAUGUUCUUUAUCUUAUAGAUAUGCCUACUGAUAUGCAGUUUGCUCCAAGUUUGUAUUCAUAAUCUGUAUCAUAUGGUCGUUUUAAGUUUCAACAUAGCAAUUGUCUUUGUCUCUGUGUAAUUGAUUCUGCAAUAAUCUAUCAUGAAUAAUGUCCAGAUUUUCCUAAUGUUCAUGUGAUUGACUUUCUUUAUAAGAAGUUAAUGACAGGAGAAAUUAUAAUUUACUAAACUGUGAAUGUCAGUGAUGUCACCACCCUAUUCAUAUAUCUUUUGGGUCCUCAGCAAUAAUAAAUGAUUUUCAUUGUAA